AUGUUACCAAUAGAUCAAGAAAUUCGAUCAAAAAAUGUUAUUGCAAAUCCUGCUCCAUUAGGUUUAAGUGCUUUUGCAAUGUCUACAUUUGUUUUCUCUAUGUUUUCAGUUGUAGACAUAAAAAUACCUCAAGUGGGUCUUGGUUUAGCAUUGUUCUAUGGAGGAUUUAUUCAAUUAUUGGCAGGCAUGUGGGAAAUGAAAAAUGGGAAUACUUUUUGUGCUACAUUAUUAAGCUCUUAUGGUGGUUUUUGGAUUUCUUUUGGAUUUAUCUUUUUGCCAAGCUCUGGUAUAACUGAUGCAUACAAGGAUAACAUGGAAAUGCUUGAUAAUGCCAUUGGCAUUUACCUUAUCGGAUGGACAAUUUGUAAUUGA